GGACCUGCAAAUUCCAUCUAAAGUUUGAAAAUUUUGAUUCUUCUUCCAUUAUAAAGCCCCCCCAGUUGUGAGUUCAUAUUUCACGUACCUCCAGAGAAAGAAAAUGGAUAUCCAUGAGUGGGAAAUCCUCUCUGAUGAUGCCUUGCUUGAUUACAAAGAUGAUAAAAAGAAGAUCAUCGCGGCUAAGAGAAGUGCUUCUGCUUCUGAAGCCAAGGUUAUGGUUGAUAUGAACUAUUUCUUGUGCCCAUCGUCAAUGGAUUCUUCCGAGCACAUCAGCCAACCGCCGAGGAGUUCUUCAGGGUUGCCUAAACAGCCGAUGAUCCCUGUUCAUCUACAAUUGGACUCACCAAUUAUCAAAGUUCCAGAUGAUUCACUGGCAAUGAAAGAGAAAGAAAAGGUACCUAUGGUGAUCAGUUUUGAGCCAUCGGCCGUGAGUGAGAAGGUUGAUCAAAAAGGGGCCGUGGAAAAAGCAGAUCAAGAGACUGUUACACAAGUUUUCUUCAAGAAAAUGAAGGAAAAUGAAUUCGUCGACAUGAAAAUAGACUCACCCAGAUCCAGCAACAAGGGAACCAAGGCUCAAAUUGAUGUAGGGUGUUAUCAGUUUGAUGAUGAUGGUGAGGCUAAAGAGAGCAGUACGAACUCCCCCAGGAUGAAUUUGAUGAACCAGGAAAGCAACAAGAUGGAUGAUGGAUCCAUCGGUGGGUUGAACAUAUUGAAGUGGAGCUUAAAUGGAAUUGGAGCCAUUUGCUCCUUUGGGGUUGCAGCUGCCACUAUUUGUGUUCUGUUUUAUGGAGGCAACCAACAAAAGCUGAAAAUCCAGAUCUACACCAAUGAUAAGAAAUUAAAGCAAGCGGUUCAGCAAGCUACCAAGUUAAAUGAAGCAAUCUCAGCAGCAAGAGGACUUCCACAGACAAGGGCUCACAUAACCUGUGGCGGCCGCUAUGAUGGGCUCUAAGGAAGCUUAGAGGUGGCUCUGCUUUGAAGACAGACUCAACACUAGAGGAUGAAUUGAGGCGUAUUUGCCAUUAAAAAUAACCAAUUCUAUCACUUUAUUAGAAGUCUGUACAUAGAGAUUAUAGUUUUAAGUACAAAAAAAAAAAGGUUCAGGAGUCCUAGUUAUAGCCUACGCCAAUACAGUCUUGAUCAGCUUUGAAUUUUAUAGGUUUUUAUGGUUUGGUUGUGUGUUCCAGUGGGGAAAUGAUACAAUCUUUAUACACA